GCUCCCUCUUCAGCCAUUACCGGCAAUGCAUUAGCUCCCUCCUUCGUCGCGAUGGAUCAGCACGCAGCCUCUACAUCCACUUCACCACUGGAAAAGGCGCCGCCGGCGACGCCGUUCCGGGCCCCGGAACACCGUGGAAAGUCCAACUACAACAGGAGAUCAUCUGACACGAUCAAGGGCAAGAUCAUGUCGCACCCUCUCUAUCCGGCUCUCCUCGGAGCCUUCAUAGACUGCCGGAGAGUCGGAGCGCCGCCCGAAGUUGUUGGUCGGCUCUCCUCCCUCGUCGACGAGCUCCAGCCGAGUUCAGAUGACAUGCAGGAACAGCCAGCGGACCCAGAACUCGACCAGUUUCAUGGUAAUAUGAUUAGCUUCUUAGCUGGCUGAAUUAUUUGCAUACAUGGAUCUAGCGAUAUGCUUUUUUUUUAAAAAAAAUGGAUCUAGCGAUAUGCUUUUGUGUGUAUGUGCAGGAGACCUACCGUGAUAUGCUGGUGGUGUACAGUCAGGAGCUCACGAGGCAAAUCCAAGAAGCCAGUGAGUUCUUGAGGAGCGCUGAGGCCCAUAUCGACUCGUUUGCAGUAGGUGUGUGCAUACUCCUACUUAAUUACACUAAGUUGUUUUUGCGGGUUUGUCUUUUUCGGUUUGAGAGUUUCGAACAGGGACAAGACACAGAUAAUUCCGUUCCGAAUCUACAUCGGCAGCCGUUUUUAAGGAUAUGGUACACACUUACACUUACACGAGUCCGCCGGAUAUGGACGCUGAUACGGAUUUUGGUCAACCGGAUAUUGGACGGAUCUGGUAACGGUUAUAUCCGAUGAAUGUGGAUUAUCCAGUACUUUUUGAGGAUUAUUUGAGGCUAUCAAAUAGGAUUAUCAGAUAAACUUAUCCUGAUUGGCAAGGACAAAUACCCGAUUAGCCAACCAAUUAGAAUCACCGCAUUUAAAUUGUUGCCGUAUUGGUGUGAGUUAUGACUUUAAACGCACGACCACUCUGUAGUGUUAUGUGAUUGGUUAAAAAUUUGUGUUCUUAUUGUUUGCAUAGUAGAAAUAAAAUCAUGUUUCGUUGCACGUAUGACCGGUAUUUUUCAUUCAUUUCCGGUUGGAAUCGGUUUUGUUUACACCACGAAUCCGUAGUCCGGUAAAAUCCGCAUUCGAAUUCGUAUCCGGCCAUUAUCUGCUCUGUUCCGAUUCCAACAAAAAAUAUAUGGCAAAAGAUACGAGAAAAGCAUUAUUUGAUCCGCUCUGAUCCGUUUACGUCCCUGCCUAAAUGGGUACCCAUUUGUACGUCUAUCCUGAUUGUCUGCUUACACCGCAUACACGCGACAGUGAACACCUUCAUGUGCUCCACCCACUGAAGCACAUACCAUUUACGAACCAAUACUUACAUGAGUAUAUAACCUGCAAAGGAGUGCAAGCCUUCUUCUUGUAAAAAAUCACAUUAUUGUUGGAUAAUAAAAGAAACCAACAUAAGGCAACACUCCCAUUAGGAUAUGAGUGAAAAGCUUCUUAUUGAUACCUACAACUAGGUGCCAAAAAUAUUAGAGUUCCGCUUCGGUACAACCCCCUCAUAAAACGUAUAAAGGAUACUAUGGACUUUUGACAAUUUGUAUCUACUUUUAUAUGUACGUAUACGCUCACUUGGGCCGGCCCAUUUGCGGUACAUGUGAUGACAAAUAUAUGGAAAAAAGGAUAGAACGUCUGGGAGUCGAACCCGUGACCACCUAAAACAUAACUG